UGUGCGAUCCGGGGGCGGCCCGGGAGCCAAGGGGAGGAGAACGGGUGGGGCCAGCCACUCUCGCCGGCCCCGAGCGAGAAGCUCUGUCAUUGUAAGCAGAGACUCCAGACGCAUGUCGCCUCUCCUGCCCCGUCCAAAGGAUCACCGCUGUGACCCGGUGGCCGGCUCCUGGGAGAGGCCUUCCUUCCCCGCAUCUCCCGUGCCCUGCCCACGGAUCCCCUCCCCGACCCCAAGAGGCUCACACAGUCUCACGUUGUGGCUGAUACCCCUUAAUAAGCCGUGUUCUAAGGAAUCGGGGUAUUAGCACGCCCGUGCCAGUGGGUUCAGUUCUGGGUCGCACACCUGACGGUUUACGGGCCUUACGGAAAGAGACAAGCGUUAUGAAGAAACUGGGGACAUAAACCUGGAGAAAAAAACAAUUUUUGCAGCUCUUCAAAGGCUUUUGGACUCUGCCUGAAUUACACACCACCAGCCUUCCUGGGUCUCCAGUUUGCAGAGCGCAGAAUGUGGGACUUCGCACCUCCCUCCGUACGUAGGUCAAACCCUUAUAAUAAGCCUCUUCCGACAUACAGGCACACCUCUCUGCACGGCGCUCCACAGAUCCUGCAUUUUCACCAGCAUUGAAGCCAAGCCCUCCGCUAGCAAAUGAUUGUGACUUAAUGAAGGCCCAGUAGGUAUGAGUGAUUUCAGUGAAGACUUGCGAAGGCGCGGGACAGAGGAUGACCCAGGGGAACGGAGUGUGCGCUCUGGUUCGGGAAUGCGCUUUCCUUGGCUGCAAAAGCUUCUGGAGAGUGUGGCGACUGGAGGGAAAAAGGAGAAGGAUUUUGCUCAGACAACAAGUGCCUGUUUAAGUUUCAUCCAAGAAGCUCUGCUGAAGCACCAGUGGCAGCAGGCGGCAGAAUACAUGCACAGCUAUUUCCAGAUCUUGGAGGACUCGGACAGCGACAAAAGGCAGGGCUCGCCUGAGAUUAUUUGGAAACUCGGAAGUGAAAUUCUCUAUUACCAUCCCAAAAGCAGCGUGGAGACUUUUAAUGCCUUUGCUGACAGGAUGAAAAACAUCGGCGUCAUGAAUUACUUAAAGAUCUCCCUACAACAUGCGCUAUACCUCGUGCAUCAUGGGAUGCUUGAUGAUGCCAACCGAAACCUCAGCCAGGCGGAGACGUGGAGGUAUGGCGACAAGUCCUCCUCCCAGGAGGUGUUAAUCAACCUGAUUCAGGCCUACAAAGGGCUUUUGCGGUAUUAUACUUGGUCUAAAAAGAAGACGGAGCUGUCCAAGCUUGAUGAAGAUGACUACGCUUAUAACGCAGCAUCUCAGAACAUGCUUAACCACAGCUGGAAGACCUCUAUAAACUUUUGUUCAUUGAUUCAGAUUCCUGGAGUUUGGGACCCAUUUGUGAAGAGUUACGUAGAUAUGCUGGAAUUCUACGGGGACCGAGAAGGCGCCCGCGAGGUGCUCACUAAUUAUGCCUACGACGAAAAGUUCCCUGCAAACCCGAACGCGCAUGUCUACUUGUACGACUUUCUGAAGAGAGAGAAGGCUCCGAGAGAGAAACUGAUAAGUGUGCUUAAGAUUUUGUAUCAGAUCGUACCAUCUCAUAAAUUGAUGUUAGAAUUCCAUCGCUUACUGAGAAAAUCAGAGAAAGAAGAGCACCGUCAGCUGGGGCUGGAGGUGCUGUUCGGCGUCUUAGAUUUUGCUGGCUGCACCAAAAAUAGAACUGCUUGGCAAUAUUUGGCAAAGUAUCUCAGACAGACCCUAAUGGGGAACCGCCUGGCCUGGGUUCACGAGCAGUGGGCUUCCAGGAAGAACUGGUGGCCGGGCUUUCACUUCAGCUCCUUCUGGGCGAAAGGUGACUGGACGGAGGACAAAGCGUUGGCUUACGAGAAGGCCUUCGUGGCAGGGCUGCUGCUGGGGAAAGGUUGUAGAUAUUUUCGGUAUAUUUCAAAACAGGAUCAUCAAAUCCUGAGGAAGAAAAUGAAGCGGAUGAAGAAGUCAGUGAAAAAAUACAGUAUUGUAAAUUCAGGACUCUGAUACUGAAUUUUAGUUAUUGCAGAUUAGUAGCUACAGCAUAGUAGCACAGUAGAUAAUUAUUGAAUGUAUUUAUUUUUUUGAUGUUUUAAGAAGAUAAUUUUUUAUAUGACUACAAAAAAUUAGUUAUAUAUAUUUUUAUAUUUUCUUUUAGUUGUAGCU